GCAACUUCAAAUUUGACACGUUGCACGUUGGCUCCAAUCACAAGCCUUAUUACGUCCAUUACUUCUUCGUCUACAACGAAUGAAAUUAUGAAUAACAGUACAUCUCCCAGUGGUAAAAAUAAACGCGGCAGAAAGCCCUUACCAACAAUGCCUUCUGAAAAGAGGCAUUUCGCAUUCCGUGAACGUAAAAAAACCUAUGUGCGUGAUUUGGAAACUAAAGCUUCAAAAUUCGAAGCAUUGUAUACUGAAUCUUUAACUGAGAUUAAAUCAUUGAAAGAAAGAGCCGCGUUUUUAGAAAAACUCAUUGCAAAUAGUAAUAUGAAUGAUGCGGUUGAUGGUUAUAUGGUCGAAGAUAAUCAUCCCAAUGAAAAUCGAUUACCUUAG